AAAGAAAGAAGCCAAUCUCAGGCAAUAUUUGACCAUAGAGAAGAAUUAGAUUCAGAGACGACAUGGCAGAGACUGCAGUAUCCUCUCUUAUCGACAGGCUGCUUCACUUGCUGACCCAAGAAGCAAAACUGUUAGCAGGCAUACAUGGAGAAGUUGCUGACAUCAAAGAUGAACUGGAGAGCAUUCAGUCCUUCCUCAAGGAUGCAGAUGCAAAGGCCGCAGCUGAACAAGACAUUGACGAGGGCGUCAAAACGUGGGUGAAACAAGUAAGAGAAGUAGCUUUCCACAUAGACGUUGCAAUAGAUCAAUACUUGCUUCAGGUGGCAAUACAUGAUCCUCAUCCAAGUGGCUUCCGUGGUACCCUCCAGAAAACCACUCACUUACUCAAAACAAUAAUACCACGCCACAAGAUCGCAGCUAAGAUUCAAGAGAUCAAGGCAUCAGUUCAGAAAAUCAAUGAGAGAAGUAAAAGAUAUGGCUUCCAAUCCACUGCUCAAGGAUCGUGUUGUGGUGCUCGGAGUAUAAGUUGGAAUAAUGACCCUCGAAAGGAUUCCCUUUAUCUUGACGAUGCAGAUGUUGUAGGAAUUGAAUCUUCUAUAGAUGAAUUGAUUAGCUGGUUGGUAGGAGGAUCUCCUCAUCGUACUGUGGUUUCGGUGGUGGGAAUGGGGGGACUAGGUAAAACCACUCUUACCAAGAAAGUCUAUGACAACCAAAUGGUAAAAGGGUACUUUGACUACCAUGCUUGGAUCUCAGUUUCUCAGUCUUACAAAAUAGAAGAUUUGCUAAGGAGCAUAAUAAAGCAGUUUUGCGAGGGCAGAAAGGAGCUCCCUUUGUCGGGAAUUGAUGCAAUGGAUGAACAAUUGUUGGUCAAUAAAUUGAGAGAUUACUUACCGCAAAAAAGGUAUGUGGUUGUAUUUGAUGAUGUAUGGAAAAUUGAAUUUUGGGAUAGCAUAAAAAAUUCUUUACCUAAUAAUCAUGUAGGUGGUAGAAUUAUUAUCACAACACGUAAUAGUGAGGUUGCUAAUUAUUGUAAAAAAUCAUCACCUGUUCGUGUUUACAAGUUGCAACCACUACCUAGGGACAAGGCAUGGGAGCUCUUUUGCAAAAGGGCUUUCCAAUUUGAUUUUGAAGGACAUUGUCCCGCAAUUUUAGAGAAAUUGUCUCAUGACAUUGUUGAGAAGUGCGGAGGAUUGCCACUUGCAAUUGUUGCUAUAAGUGGUCUUUUGUCAACAAAAGAAAAAACUAUGUUUGAAUGGAAAAACUUGCAUGAUAGCCUUGGCUUUGAAUUUGGAAAAAAUCCACAUCUUUCAAGUGUGAACAAAAUUUUAUCCCUAAGUUUUGAAGACUUGCCUUAUAACCUAAAAUCCUGUUUCUUAUACCUUGGUAUGUAUCCAGAGGAUUACUCCAUUAAUUGUAUAAGAUUGAUUCGACAAUGGAUAGCUGAAGGCUUUGUGAAAGAAAUUGAAGGUAAAACAUUAGAAGAGGUUGCACAAGAAUACUUGAUAGAAUUAAUCCAUAGAAGUUUGGUUCAAGUAUCAGAGGUCAAAAUGGAUGGAAAAGUUAGACGAUGUCGACUCCAUGAUCUUUUGCAUGAGAUUGUCCUCCAAAAGAUGAAGGAUUUGAGUUUUUGUCAUGUACUAUUGAAACAAGAGUCAAGCUUUGAAGGACUAAUUCAACGCAUGUCAGUAAACAAAGUUUCAUAUAAUGUUCUCAAAGGAUUUAAGGACAAAAAAAUUCAUUCACUUUUAUUGUUUAAUCUUGAUGAAUUGCCGAAGUCUUUUAUGAGUCCCUUUUUUUCAGAUUUCAAGUUUUUGAAAGUAAUAGAUUUUGAAGAGGCUCCAUUGGAUCACAUUCCUAAAGAUGUUGGAAGUUUAUUUCACUUAAGGUAUUUAAGUUUGAGAAAUACCAAAGUAAAAAUGCUUCCAAAAUCCAUAGGAAAGUUGCAAAAUUUGGAGACUCUAGAUCUAAAGCAAACCCUAGUGUCUAAAUUACCAAUAGAGAUUAACAGGCUUCAUAAGUUGCGACAUCUUUUAGCUUACUAUCAUGAUUAUGGGCUAGAUUUCAGUUUGGCUUCUCAAAAAGGGGUAAAGAUACAAAAAGGGGUUGGAUGUUUAGAGGAGUUGCAAAAGUUGUAUUUUGUGGAUUUGAAUCAUGGAGGGGUUGAUUUAGUUAAAGAUAUGGGAAAGUUGAGACAAUUGAGGAAGCUUGGAGUGAAAAACCUGUCAAAGGAAACCAUGAGGGCUUUAUGUGCCUCUAUUGCAACAAUGAACCACCUUCAAUCUCUUGAUAUAGCUUCAAUAAGCGAAGAUGAGAUCAUUGAUUUACAAUCCAUUUCAACUCCACCUCAAUGUCUUCAGCGCCUCUACAUAAAGGGGCAUUUAGAGAAGUUCCUAGAUUGGAUUCCUAAACUUCAACAUCUAGUCAAAUUAGGGAUUUAUUGGUCAAAGUUGAACGAGGACCCAAUGAAAGCCCUUCAAAAUCUACCUAAUUUGUUGGAACUUGAAAUCUCAAGACAGGCAUACAAUGGAGAGCAAUUGUAUAUUAAGAUAGGAGGGUUUCCAAAACUCAAAAUUCUAAAUCUCCAAUUCUUCAAUGCAUUGCAUUCAUUGAUGAUAGAUGAGGGAGCAUUGCCUCUUCUUGAAAAAUUUGUGAUUGGGCGUAGUCCGCAACUAAAAGAGGUGUCGUGCGGAAUCCUAAAUCUGAGAAACCUUAAAGAACUGAGAUUUAUUGAUAUGCACAAGGAAUUCGAAGAAAGUUUGGAUCCCGAGCUAGGAUCACAUUAUUGGAUUAUUGAGCAUGUACCCAUCGUUUAUCUCUUACACGAGGUUCGCACAGGAUUUUACGACCUUGAGGCCCGCAUUCUUCGUUCCAAACAUUUGACAGGGUCAUAA